AUGGACAUCGGGGAUCAUGGCGGGGAUCUCAGCGGCGGGUUUGGGGAUGAGGACCAGCAGCAACCUAAGCGUCCCAGGGCCCUACCAGACGACCUACCCAAAUCCCUAGACGACAGGAAGAAUGUCUCCUCACACUAUACGGCCGAGACGGAAAUGUAUGAUGCGUGGCAAGGCCAGUCACAAUUCCUCACCACGCCGGUCCUAGCCAAACCUCUCCAGUUUAACAGUCUUUCCCUGGAUGACGAUGGGUUUGAGGACGAUUUGACGGCGCAGAAGAUUGGAGAUAGUGAUACACGACUGAUGGAGAUGCUCGCCGCGCAGGCAGCCCACCGGGAUGGGAAUGCUUCCCAGGACGAAGAUGCCGUGGCCGCGGAUGAUAAGCUGUCAGAGAUCGAGAAGAAGGAGACGCUUCAGAAACAUCUGAAUAUGGCAGCCAGCAACGGAGAUGUCGAUCGGAUAGAGAGAAUUCUGUCCGGCAAGGCCAAGCAAUUUGUAGAUAUUGAUGCGCCUGACGAGGAGGGAACGGCUCCUUUGAUAUACGCUAGUUGUUUUGGCCAUGAGGCAGUUGUAACUGCUCUUCUCGAUGCAGGCGCCAAACUGGAUAUCCAGGACCGCAAUCAGUGGAGUGCUUUGAUGUGGGCAAUGAGCAACAGACACACCGGGAUCACAAAGAUACUGUUAGAACGAGGUGCAUCUACGGACAUCAAGUCCUCCUCUGGGCGGACGGCCUUCGACUUCGUAGCGCCAGACAGCGAGAUCUCAGAGUACUUGCACGAUCAUGGUUAUGGGAAUCAAAUUGGAAGCGUGGGAGUGACGGAUGACUUUUACAAUCCUGGGUUUUCCCAGGAUAGAUUCGAGGAGGAAAUGGCCGAGAAUGAGUUGAGGAGACGCAUGAUGAUGGAGAGUGCUAGAGAUCUAGAGGUUGACCUUGGGAAUAUGGGGAUUGAUGACCAACCAGAGUCACCAGCCGAGCUCGAGGAAGAAGCACAAGAAUUCGACUGGAGUAGAUGUCUCCACGAUCAGAUGUUCGUCUUCCAAGAGAGCGAAUUGAGCCGGAUACUUGACAUUAUCAUUACCCACAUGACGCCUCAGCGGUCACCAUCUCAGAAACCUGUACCGGCCAACAUAUUAUUUCUCAGUGCUCGAUAUGCUCAUUAUCAUGCGAAUCAGGAUCUACUCGCAAAGCUCUUGAUCACUGCAAUGGAUAAGAUAAACGAUGUUGUGGAGGCUCAUCAAUGGGAUAUGACGAUCUUGGCCUUUUGGAUAUCGAACGCGACGUUGUUAUUGCACUAUCUAAAGAAAGAUGCCGGAUUGGGAGAAUCGACGUCCGAGUUCCAAUUGCAGCUUGCGGAACUCAUCAACGAGAUUUUCAUCCUGAUCAUCAGAGAUGCGGAAAGGAGAAUGGAUAAGGUCCUCGAUCCAGCCAUGUUGGACCACGAGACCAUCCCAGGGUUCGAGGAUAUCACAUUUCAGAACGAAUGGAAGAUAUUCAAGCGCAAAAAUCAAGUGAAGGAAGUACCAGUGGAAAAGAGAUUUCGACCACCAUCACCUAAAGCAAGAGCCAAACCUUCACCACGGAACGUCACAUCUUUGCUCUCAUCAACACUUUUUGUAUUGGAUCUAUACGAUAUUCAUUCUGUUAUUACGGCACAGAUAUUGGCGCAGCUACUGUACUGGCUUGGGGCCGAAUUGUUCAAUCGAAUCAUGUCGGAUCGCAAAUAUCUAGCUCGAACAAAAGCCAUGCAGAUCCGAAUGAAUAUCUCUAGCCUUGAGGACUGGGCUAGGUCGAACAAUCGGCAGCCAGAGCAUUAUGAGCAUGGCUCCAUGACGUCGAGUGGAGAACCUACUAUAGAAUCCGGGCGUCAUCACCUGGCACCUGUCAUUCAGCUCCUACAGUGGCUGCAGUGCUUUUCGUCACUGGGAAAUGACGACUUCGAGGCCUUGGUCGGUACUCUUCAGCAGCUGACGCGACUUACACCACAGCAACUUAUCCAUGCUGUGAAACACUAUCGACCCGAGGUUGGGGAGAAGGGUCUCCCAAAGAGCGCCAUGAAGUACCUCAUCAAUCUCCAGAAAGAAACGCAGAUACGAAAAGAGCAGCAAAGAAGCAGACGGCGAGAAUCUGGUGUCCCGACUACACCAACACGAAACACCGCGAAUGGCAAAAUCCCAGAUACUCCGGAGUCGAAUGGCAAGCCGGCGAAUGCUAUGAAACCCCUAACCCCGGAUGUGCUCCCCGAGGAGGAAGACGAUGCACCGGAACACUUACUCCUGGACCCGUCACUGAUGCUGCCCUUCUCGCUCCCUACCAGUACGGAUAUGUUGAUCAGCUAUGGUGCCGGCUUCGGCGGACUCAAUCGUGAAAGAGAGCGCAAAUACAUCCCUACCGUCCCGGCAGAAUUCCUCGCCAAGCUCGACUUGAGCGGUGGACGAGCACAAUCUACUUACGAAGAACGGGAUUGGGAGAACGAGGAUGCGUAG